CGGGCGGCCAGCGCGGGCCGGCAGCUGCAGGGCCAAAAGCGGAAGGCGGCCGCGGGGCAGCCUUCCCAGGCUCUUUGCUUGCACCUCCUUCCGCUCUGCUGAAUUGGGAGUCGCGAGCUCCGGCACAGGAUGUGGUGCCGCAGGUUGUCCCACCUACAAAGCAGGCUCCAGGACCUGCUGAGGGGACGAGUCACAUGUUGGGCCCUUCAACAGCCCAACUUCAAAAGCUUAUUUCCAUUAGCCAUCCAUUGUUACCAUACAGCCUCGAAGUCUCUGAAUUGUGUUUGGCAGCAACAUGAAGAUCAUUUUGAACUGCAAUAUGCUAACACCGUGAUGCGCUUUGAUUAUGUCUGGCUUCGAGACCACUGCCGCUCAGCAUCUUGCUACAACUCUAAGACUCACCAGCGCAGCCUAGACACUGCCAGUGUGGAUUUACGUAUCCAGCCAAAGAGCAUUCGUCUGGAUGAGACCACACUCUUUUUCACAUGGCCGGAUGGUCAUGUGACUAGAUAUGAUUUGGAUUGGCUGGUGAAAAACAGCUAUGAAGGGCAGAAACAAAAGGUCAUCCAGCCUAGAAUCUUAUGGAAUGCUGAAAUCUACCAGCAAGCCCAAGUUCCAUCUGUAGAUUUCCAGAGCUUCUUAGAAACCAAGGAGGGACUGAAGAACUUUCUACAAAACUUUCUACUGUAUGGAAUUGCUUUUGUAGAAAAUGUCCCUCCUACUCAGGAACACACGGAGAAAUUGGCAGAGAGGAUCAGCUUGAUCAGAGAAACCAUCUAUGGGAGGAUGUGGUAUUUCACUUCAGACUUCUCCAGGGGUGACACUGCAUACACCAAGCUAGCUUUGGAUCGGCACACUGACACUACCUAUUUUCAAGAGCCCUGUGGUAUUCAGGUGUUUCACUGUCUUAAGCAUGAAGGAACAGGUGGCAGGACACUGCUAGUAGAUGGAUUCUAUGCAGCAGAGCAGGUACUUCAAAAGGCGCCUGAGGAAUUUGAACUCCUCAGCAAAGUGCCACUGAAGCAUGAAUAUAUUGAAAACGUUGGAGAAAGCCACAACCACAUGAUUGGGGUCGGGCCAGUUUUAAAUACCUACCCGUGGAAUAAAGAGCUCUAUAUGAUCCGGUAUAACAACUAUGACCGAGCUGUCAUCAAUACCGUACCGUAUGACGUUGUCCAUCGUUGGUAUACAGCACACCGGACUCUAACAGUAGAAUUGAGGAGACCUGAGAAUGAGUUUUGGGUGAAACUAAAGCCUGGCAGGGUCCUUUUUAUAGACAACUGGCGUGUCCUACAUGGCAGGGAAUCCUUCACUGGCUACCGCCAGCUCUGUGGCUGCUAUUUAACAAGGGAUGAUAUGUUAAACACUGCUCGUCUCUUGGGCCUUCAGGCUUAAAACUGACAGCAUUGGGAUCAUGAACACAUCUGACACCCUGGAUACCGGAAUUUCAUAUCAGCAGAAUAAUAUUUUGUCAAUACCAAUUUCACAUUGUCUCCUUACCUCAUCAGACAAAACAAAAGCCUCCCCUCUCUCUAGUAGGGAAAACCUUAGAGAGAGGCAUCUGAGAUAGCCGAUGUCAGCCAUCUAGUGUGGUGGCUUCCUUCUCCAAGUAAUAACAUGGACUCAUUUGGUUUUAGGACCUGUUGAUGUAAUUUUGGUCAAUCUACUUCAGAAAUAUAAUCACCACAUUGAUAGAGAAACAAUAAUAGUCAC